AUGAAUACCGUCGAUGCCUCCGAGCAUUACGAGCUAGGCGCAACUGACCAAGCUCCCUCUCUCCUCACAAUUGUAAUCGAUACAAACCCACAUGCCUGGGACAUCCUGGAAGAGUCUCUCCCACUCUCCAAGGCGAUCGCCAACAUCCUCGUCUUCAUCAACGCCCACCUCGCAUGCAACUACGCCAACGAAAUCGCCGUAGUAGCCUCCCACACACACAAAGCAGCAUGGCUCUACCCUUCACAAACCCUAUCCCACUCAACGGAUCAGGAUGGCGACAUCUCUAUGAGCACAGAUACAACCCCCCAGCCAAAUAAAUACCGACCCUUUCGCAUAGUCGAAGACCAAGUCACACGCAAUCUCAAAGAGCUCAUGGACUCAACGACCCCUGACCACCUCCGCGGCAACACAUCCACCAUGCUAGCCGGAGCCUUGACUCUCGCCCUCAGCCACAUCAACCGCCGAACAAUCGCCUGGGCCGAAGAGCACGGCGGCGCAAACCCAGACGACGCCCCUGCCGAAGGCACUGCUCCAUCAAAUCGCUACUCCGCCUCGAACGAGGACGAGAAACUCCAGAGUCGCAUUCUGAUCGUUUCAGUUAGUGGGUCUAGCGAUUCAGCCCACCAGUAUAUCCCGGUGAUGAACAGCAUCUUCGCAUGCCAGCGUCUGCAUAUUCCCAUCGAUGUUUGCAAGCUUAGUGGCGAUGCAGUCUUCCUACAGCAGGCUUGCGAUGCCACAAAGGGUGUAUACAUGUCCCUUGCAGAACCACGUGGCCUGCUGCAGUACUUGAUGAUGGCGUUUUUGCCGGACCAAAGAUCGAGACGACAUCUUGUGCUGCCUACGCGGGUGGACGUGGAUUUCCGCGCUGCAUGCUUUUGUCAUCGCCGUGUUGUGGAUGUUGGCUUCGUGUGCUCGAUCUGUCUUAGUAUCUUCUGUGAGCCACCGCCUGGAAGUGAGUGCUUGACUUGUGGUACGCAUUUGGAUGUUGGGAAUUACAAUUCAAAGCCGGCUUUGUUACCGAGGAAGAAAAAGAAGAAGAAGAAGGUCAAUGGGGCGUCUGGGGCUGGGACACCAAUAUCUGUUUCAACACCAGGCUCUUAA